AUGAACAUGACCGGUCUCCCUCGUUACGAGGAAUUCUUUCGAACCGGCGUCGAGCACCUCCACGUACAUGACGUUCCCAACGACAAUCGCAUGUGUGCUAUCUGCCGCCUUGAAUAUCCAGAAGUCUAUCCUCUCGAAGAAGGCACAAACCUGUGGUGGCUCUCGCACCUACCACCGCUCCUGAACGAUGUUGGCAGAACACCCGCCCUGCUGACUGUCAGCGACCUACCCGGCGAAUCGGACAUCCCGAACAACGAUCCCGUUCGAAUCCGCCAGUGUAAUCACGUCUUCGGUUUGGGCUGUCUGAGAUCGUCCCUUACAACAUCUACCCUCUGCUCCUUUUGCCGCCGCGCCCUUUACCGGCACGAUCCAGCCGCAGACCGCAUGGACGAGUGGCGACGGCGCACAAAUGCCUAUAAGUACACGACCACCCGCGCCUUCUUGACCGACCACGUCAACUGGCCCGGCCAGCGGAUCAUCGUCCAAGCCGGCGCAAUAGCACACUCGCUACACUCGGCUCUGCAGAGUACAGGUCGGCGCCUGCGUAUUCUCUCCGCCAUUGCGCCUAUCUUCAACCGCGUCAGGCAUGUCCUCGUCUGCGCGUUCAACUUGCUGGACGGGCAGGAGAGGACGUGUACCAAAGUGUUUACAACGCUCUGGAGGUGUGUCGAAGGCGUGCUACCUCAUUUACUGGAGGAUACCCGGCUGCGGCGAUGGGCGAAGCUGGCGAUCAGACAUCUGGUUGCUGAGCAAAGGAUCGCGCAGGAAGCGCUUGGGACUGAUGCGCUUGAGGAGUGGCCGGUGGAAGAAGUCGAGAUGAUCCCCGAGGUCGAGAGGGUGAUAAACCUCAGCUCUGCUCACUGGUGA